AUGUCCACCUCCACCCCCCUCUCGUUCUACUCCCUCCCAGACAAGGGCCAGCUUCAGAAGGCAUUCGUCGGCAAGCCGCUCUCCGCUUUGCGCACCCCGGCUUUGAUUGUGGAUAGAAAGGUCUUCAAGGAGAACUGUGAGCGUGUCACGGGGGAGGCAAAUGCUAGAGGGAUGGCUUUCAGGGCGCAUGUCAAAACGCACAAGACGACUGAAGGCACGAGGAUGCAGGUGGAAGCUGCUGGCGGUGUCAAAGCUGUCAUUGCAUCGACUAUGGUCGAGGUCUGGCAGGUCGUUCAAUCUGGCUUGGUGGAAGAAGGCCUUGUGGAUGAUAUUCUGUAUAGCAUGCCCAUAGGCGCCGAUAAACUGGAGGACAUCACCUCUGCUCAAGACGCUAUGGUUGGUAAAGGUGUGAUCCGGAUUAUGGUCGACCACGCCCAGCAGAUUCAGUUCCUCCAGGCGUACAACAGGAGACUGGCUAGUGAGGGGAAGGAGAGGGGAAAGUGGUCGGUCUUUGUUAAGGUUGAUGGUGGUGGUCGACGAGCGGGCGCGCCUCCCGAGAGUGAGCAGAUGAAAGACCUUCUGGCCGCUAUCCUCGCUGCACCCGAGGCUAUCUCCAUCUUUGGCUUCUACUCCCACUUUGGCCAAUCCUACGCCUCCUCAUCCCUCGCAGCCGGCUCAUCCUUCUUCCACGCCGAAAUCGCCUGUACCCAAACCGCCGCCAAGCUCGCUCGCUCCCUGGGUGCCCUGGGUGAUUGGGUCAUCUCGGUAGGCGCUACCCCGACGGCACAUGCGGCUGUUCAGGAGGCGGUGACGGAUUUGAAAGUCGAUGGGAAACUCGAGCUACACGCGGGCUGUUACUGCAUGAACGACCUCCAACAACUAUCCACCUCCCUCCCUUCCCCCUCCCACCUCGCACUCUCCGUCCUCUCCCGCGUCGUAUCGCUCUACCCUGCUGAAGAUCGACGAGAAGCCAUGUGCGAUACUGGCGCUCUGGCGGUGUCCAAAGAUACGGGCAGGCAACCCGGGUAUGGGCGGGUUAUCUGGCCGAAAAAGGCGGAGGGCUGGGACCUGGGGAGGGUUAGUCAGGAGCAUGGAACGCUUUUGAGGCGAGAGGGAGGAGGAGGGGGAGAGGGAGAGUUGGAGAUUGGGGACCUUAUUCGGAUCUUGCCUCAGCAUGCGUGUUUGGUGUGCGCGUGUUUCCCGUGGAUGUAUGUGGUGGAUGAUGGAGGGAAGGAGGUUGUAGAUGUUUGGGUGCCUUGGAAGGGGUGGUAG